CAUUUAUCCAUGUAACAUCCAACAUGGCGACGAGAGGCCAUGUGCAAGACCCUAACGACAGAAGACUUAGGCCUAUUUACGAUUACCUUGACAAUGGCAACAACAAAAUGGCAAUCCAGCAAGCUGACAAACUGCUAAAGAAGCAUAAGGAUCUCCACUGUGCUAAGGUCCUAAAGUCCAUAGGUCUUCAACGGACAGGGAAGCAAGAUGAAGCCUUCAAUUUGGCACAGGAAGUGGCCACUUUGGAGCCCACUGAUGACAACUCCCUACAGGCUCUUACCAUACUGUACAGAGAGAUGCAACGCCCUGAGUUGGUUACAAAGCUGUAUGAGGCUGCAGUGAAGAAAGUUCCCCUGAGCGAGGAGUAUCACUCUCACUUAUUCAUGGCCUAUGCUCGAGUGGGGGAGUAUAAGAAGAUGCAACAGGCAGGAAUGACCCUCUACAAGAUUGUUCCAAAGAACCCCUAUUACUUCUGGUCUGUUAUGAGCCUGGUGAUGCAGGCAAUCUCAGCACAGGAUGAGAAGCUGGCCCAGACCAUGUUUCUACCCCUUGCUGAGCGCAUGGUGGAGAAAAUGGUCAAGGAGGACAAGAUUGAGGCUGAGGCAGAGGUACAACUUUACUUUAUGAUCCUGGAGCGCCUGGGGAAGUGUGUGGAAGCUCUAGAGGUAGUAAGGGGUCCGCUUGGAGAGAAGCUGACCAGCGAGUUACAGAGCCGAGAGACUAAAUCUAUGAUCCUGUACAAACGACUCCAACAGUGGCCGGAAUGCAAUGCCCUGUCUCAUAAGCUACUACUCAAAAAUCCAGAUGAUUGGCAGUUUUAUCUCUCCUACUUUGACUCUCUCUUCCACCUGAUGGACCAGUCAUGGAUCCCUCCAGAGGAGGGAGACAAUUCUGCGGAAGGUAAAGUGCACUGCUCUAUGGCCGAAGCGGUACAGUUCAUUCAAGAGAGGAUUGCAGUCGAGGACGCUAAACAGUCUCGUCCGCUCAGGGGACCCUAUCUCGCCCGUCUGGAACUCAUACACAGACUUGGAGCAAGGGGCUGUCGUGAGGAGAGUCAGUUAGGUGAUCCCACAGAGCUAAUUGCACGAUUCUUUGGGAAGUUUGGAGACAAACCCUGCUGCAUCACCGACCUUAAAAUAUACCUGCAUCUAAUUCCCCCUGAUCUACACAUACAGUUUAUCAACCGGCUCGGAGAGUUCGUGCCAUUGGGAGAAGCUAGGGAGGAGGGAUUUGCGUUUCCGGGGGAAACACGGGAUCUGCAGAGGCACCAAUGUAUGUUUCAGCUGACCCGUGCACUGGGUGUGCACCACACACUCGACAUACACGGGAAGCUGAGGCUCAUCGCUGAGCUCAAAGCCCACUAUUACCAUGGACUACAGUUUGGGAAGUCGUGUCUGAAGACGGAGCUGCAGUUCUCUGACAUGUAUUGCCUUAUGGCAGCACAUGUGUACAUUGACCUAUGGACUGAAACAGGCGAAGAGAACAUGGUAUGGCAGUGCCUGGGGCUCUUAGACGAGGGUCUAUCCCACAGCCCAGCAAACGCCCAGUUCAAGCUGCUGCAACUGCUCCUGUUCUGUCGUCUUGGGGCCUUUGAACCCGUGGUAGACCUGUACUCCAGCCUUGACGCCAAACAUGUGCAGCAUGACACCAUAGGGUAUCUGUUAACUCGUUAUGCUGAGUCGUUGGGUCAAUUUGCCGCUGCCUCCCAGUCCUGUAAUUUCUCCCUCAGGUUUUUCCACUCCAACCAGAAAGAUACCUCAGAGUACAUUAUCCAGGCGUACAAAUAUGGAGCAUUCGAGAAGAUCCCAGAGUUCAUUGCUUUCCGAAGUCGACUGAACCAAUCGUUGCACUUCGCUCAGGUCCGCACCGAGAGGAUGCUUCUCGACCUCUACUUAGAGGCUGAUAUCUCAUUGAGUCUGGAGGAUAGUGUGAAGGUCAUGGGCAUGUCACCAGAGGAGGAUGACAUUCCUUGGGACAACAUGAGGGACAACAGAGAUCUGACUGUGUUCACCAGCUGGGAACCAAAGGACAGACAAUUGACUGAAGAGCACAAGCGUCUGUCUGUGGAGGAAGAGUCCAUCUGGCUGAGAAUACGAUCUCUCACACUCCGCCUCAUAGCUUCGUUGGCCUUACUUAUACAUGCCCCCUUGCCAAGGAACUCUGACAAGACCAAUGAGAAUGGUGUGAUGGACAAUGCCAUGGGCCUCAACCUCUUGUCUCAGUUGGAACAGACUCUACAGGCUGCAGCCCAGAUGGCGGAGAAACCAACACAGUACCCAUUCCUGGGCCCUCCCUCAACUCGCCUGGUGCAGGCACUGUCCAGUGGGAGCUGCCAUUGCCAAGCGGCUGCCCUGCAGCUUUCCGUCAAACUACAGGAGUUGGAGACAUCUGGACUCGAUGACUCCUCAGAACUGCAGACCCAGAUCUGUAACAGUUUCAAAUCAUUAGUUGCACAGCUCCAAGAAAUCUUAAAUAAGAGCAAAGGAGAUUUAUUGGAAAUCAAGGACAAUUGUUUAAAAACCAAGCCCUCCUUACUAGAAAACCUUGUCUUCUUUGUUGAGACGAUGUGCUUGACCCUUUGGGUAGCCAGUUACUGUGCCAACAUCCUUCGACCACUGAAAUCCAACCUUCUGAAGAAGAAAAAGAAGAAAAAGGACACAAACACAGCCAUGCCUGCAGUGGUAUGUGGGUUCCAGGAGUUGUCAGGAAGCUUGCAGAGCCUUCUUAUCCAAGCCCUGGAGUACAUCAGAGGGCAGGAGACCAACCUGACAUCCCUCAAACUGGCCAGUCUAACUGUAGAGGACGAUGGGAUAUUCAUUAAAGCUGCUAUGGACAAGGUGCUGAGCAGUUACUUGCGCUCGCUGCAAGAGCUGGGAGAUCUACUAAAGAAGAGAGCAGAAACUAUAAAAAGCCUCAAGAUCUGAACGCUAUUGACCACCAUCACCCUAAAAAUGACGACAUCAGAAAGACUCACAACCAUCAUACUGUAAAUCUAAAAAACACAGGCACCCAUUUUUCCUGAUCCUUGUCCCUUUCAAACACCCUGUUAUUCUUUCCUCUCUAUUCCCCCCCCCCCCUCCUCCCCCCCCAUAUAUCCCUGCUGGGAUACUGAUUCUGUUGUCUGGAUUUUCUCACAAGUUUAUGUACAAACACCCACCCUGAGACUAUCACCGCUCUCCCAACACAAAAACAUUGGAACUACAUGGGAUAAUGAAUAAUUCAAUUAUGAGUGGACAAAAGAUCAUAGCUGCUCUACAAAGUUAAAGUGCUGAAA